AUGGAGGCACCACAAUCCAUAGAGGUAACUGAUGCGCCCGAUAAUGAAUCCAGUGCUGCUCCUGCCCCGCCCUCAAACCCACAAGGAACAACACCGUCGCCACGAAAGAGCAUGUCAAACCAAGGACAAUCGCCAAACAAGUCAUUGUCGUCCGCUACCCGUGUAUCGUCCAGGAAUAAUCUGGCGGGCAGUCGAACCAAUUUAUUGGCUAGUAAAUCCAAUCUACAUGGAUCAAAGGGAAAUCUGGUUGGAACAUCCCGUUCUAAUCUCGCAGGGGCAUCUCAACUGGGUAGUAUGAGGAAUGUAAACAAGGGUGAUGGUACCACUGGUGGUGGUCUAGGAAGUGCUGGAUCUUCUGCUGGUGCUGCUACCCAGGCUGUCAUGUAUGAAAACUCGUACAAGAUGAAACCUGAUAGAAAAUUCCGAAGUGAAGCUGUAAAACGAAUGGUAGAUGAAAUACUAGUAGAGAAACUCAACAAGGUCAAGUAUGACCCUGAAAAGACACCGGAACUAGUCAAAACAAUAUCACACGAGAUAUUAUUCGCAGUCAAGAAGUUUGACUUUGAUCGAUACAAGAUCGUCGUGGACGUUACAAUUGGAGAAUUCAAAGGACAAGGAAUCCGUGCUCAAUCAAGAGCCCUGUGGGACACUUCAACAGAUUCAUUUGCUUCAUCGAGCUACCAUAACGCUACCAUGUUUUGUAUCGCUAUGGUUUUUGGAUUGUAUUUCGAGUAA